AUGACUAACAAAUUAGCAUUUGAAGCGCUCGAUAGGACGUUGCGUGAUAUAAUGGUUUCGGUCUCUGAUAGGAAUAAAGAUUUACCUUUUAGUGGGAAGGUGGUCGUUCUUGGUGGUGAUUUCAGGCAGGUCUUGCCAGUUAUUCCAAAAGGUUCUCGUGCUGAGAUUGUGAUGGCUUCCAUAAAUUCUUCUGUCCUCUGGAAAUACUGCGAAGUUUUGCAACUGACAAAAAAUAUGAGGUUAGCAAGUGGAUUGGAACAAUCAACUGCUCAGGAGUUAAGGUCGUUUUCAGAUUGGAUACUUCAAAUUGGUGAAGGUCGAUGUGGAACUCUGGUCAAUGAUAAACUUUUUGUUGAUAUUCCUUCUGAUUUAAUCAUUCCUAUUUUGGAAAAUCCAGUGGAAGAUAUUGAUAGGGCAAUAUUGGCUCCGACUGUCGAGAAUGUUGAAGAGAUAAACAAUUAUAUAGUUGACAUUUUGCCCGGUGAGGAGAAAAAUUAUCUCAGUGCUGAUUCGAUAUGUGGUAGUGAUGCCUAUUUUGAUGUUGAUGUUGAUUGGAUAAAUGUUGAAUUCUUGAAUCAGAUUAGGUGUUCUGGUCUACCUAAUCAUUCGUUGAAGUUGAAAAUAGGCGUGCCUAUUAUUUUGUUGAGGAAUAUUGAUCCAGCUGGGGGUUUGUGUAAUGGGACUCGACUUGUUAUGCGAGAUCUAGGGACAAAUGUGAUCGGUGCGGAUAUUGUUUCUGGUAGCAAUGUUGGGGAUAAAGUUUUUAUCACCAGAAUGAAUUUGAUUCCCAGUGAUACGGUUAUACCGUUUAAAUUCCAACGCCGUCAAUUUCCAGUUUCUUUGUCGUUUGCGAUGACAAUCAACAAAAGCCAGGGUAAGACAUUAUCAACAGUCGGUUUGUUCUUGCGUCGUUUUGUGUUUUGUCACGGUCAACUUUAUGUAGCUCUUUCCCGAGUUAGGAAUAGAAAUGGUCUUAAGAUUUUACUUUAUGAUGAAGGAUUAGUUGAUCCUACCAGGACUGAAAACGUUGUAUUUAAGGAAGUUUUUGAUAAGAUAUAA